AUGACUUCGAUUGAACAAAACAAUCUAUUAACACAAAUGGAAAAUAUGAUAUGGCAUUCGCUAGAUAACAAUUUAUAUAGAAACGCAAUUUUCCUUGCAGAAAGAUUAUAUGCACAAGAUCACAACAACGAGAAUUCGCGUUUUUUAUUAGCAACUUGCCUUUAUCGUAAUGGACAAAAAAAAGCUGCAUAUGUAUUAUUAAAAGAAGCUCAAACGUUAAAAUGCAAAUAUUUGUUCGCAAAAUGCUGCUUGGAACUUAAUAAAGCAGAAGAAGGCAGAGAAAAACUUACAUCUAUUUUGCCCGAAGUUGAAGAAUUGGAUCCUAUAGAUCCUUUUAGUUCGGGGAUCAAAAAAAACCAACCUGACGCGUCUGUAGUUUUAUGCCUACUAGGUGCUUUGUGUAAACAAGCGCGUCGUAUUGAAGAUGCCGCACAAUAUUACCUUCGUUGUAUAAAGAAAAAUCCUUUCAUGUGGGAAGCCUUUGAAAGUCUUUGUCAACUUGGUAAAUCAAAUCAAGUAGAUAUCGAUGAAAUAUUUCAAUUAACUACAGAAAAGUCUACUGCCCGAUCUCCAUGCACCGAUCUAAACCGUAAUUCACAAAUAAUAUUACCUCAAACGACUCUAAAGAAAGAUAAAACUCAAGUUCCCGCGCGGCGAAGUACGCGAAUUUCUUCCAUAAGGCAAGCCACGGUACCCUUGAAUUCUACUGCUACCGAUAAUAGAGAUAAAAAACGAUCACGUAUCGCCAGUGAUGAUAAAUUUUCAUCCGGCUUUGAUGAUGAAAAGAAACGUUCUAGAGUUGCAAGGGACGGAAAAUUAACCUUAAACGUAGAAAAUGAAGUUGUAAAUACUGGAACAGAAUCAUUUGAUGAUAAAAUGGAAGGAGUUCAAUGUAAAAAUGAAAUAAUAGAUGUGUUAAGACAAUUAGGAAGAGGAUACGCGUAUUUAAGUCAAUAUGAAUGUGCAAACGCUGUUCAAGCAUUUACAGAGCUUCCUGCUUCACAUAAAAAUACAGCGUGGGUCCAAAGUCAUAUAGGAAAGGCAUAUUUUGAAAUGGUCAAUUAUCCAAUGGCGGAAAAAUAUUUUCAAAAAGCGCGACAAUUAGAACCUUAUCGCCUCGAAGAUAUGGAAUUAUAUUCAACUACUUUAUGGCAUUUACGUAAAGAUCCUGAACUCAGUGCACUUGCACAUGAACUUGUAGAAUUUGAACGAAAAUCACCUCAAGCCUGGUGUGCAGUAGGAAAUUGUUUUAGUCGACAACAAGAACAUGAUUUGGCAUUAAAAUGUUUUCAACGAGCUAUACAACUUGAUCCUUCAUUUACCUAUGCACACACUUUAUCUGGUCAUGAAUGUAUGUCAAAUGCAAAUUAUGAAGAAGCACAAAAACACUUUAGAUAUGCUUUAAACACAAAUAAGCGUCAUUAUAAUGCACUUUACGGACUUGCAAAUUAUUACAUUACUUGCGGCAAAACAGAAUCAGCAGAAAUACAUUAUCGGUUAGCUAUGAAGAUUAAUCCUAAUCAUGCCGUGCUUAUGUGUUGCUUAGGAAAGGUAUUAGAAAAAUUAGGAAAAGGUGACGAAGCUCGAUUACUUUAUGACAGAGCAUGUCAAGUUACUCCACAAACACCUUUGGCAAUCUUUAAAAAAGCCAAAUCUCUAUAUAAAGAUCACAAAUAUGAUGCAAUGGGAGAUCGCGCCAAGGCUACUCAAAAUUUUACGUUGGCAUUAAAUUUCGAUCCAAAAAUGAUGCACGUUGUUAAAACCGCCAUAGAAAGAGUUGAUUCUGAUCCAGAAAUAACAAUGACAACCACAUCGAUUAUAUCAGAUGCAGCAAUUAAUUAUGGAAGUCCAAACGAUGAAGAUGUGCGUAUACAUGAACAAGUAACAUCAUCAUCAUCAGUUCGAGGACAACACAAUAGAGAUUAUGGCGAAUUUUCCGCCUAUGUUGAUGAAGUUUAA